AUGAGAAAGUUAGUUUCUGGAGGUGAAAUCAAUGAAGAAAAUAAAGCACAAACAAGUUCUAAAGAUAAAGGAUGUGAAGAAGAUGCUGUUCUUCAGGUGGGAAAUGGUAAAGGGGACCACGGACAUGACAGCUUGAAGCCAUCUUUUGAUCAGAAGAAUUUAUCAAAGCAAGGACCUAUUCUAACUAAGAUAUCAUCAGCUGAAAUUACUGAUUCAAUGGCAUCUUCUUCUGCCAAAAAGGAACAGGAUGACCAUCAACUUGAAUUGGCAAAAGUCGAGAUCCGUGAAGUGAUCGCAGAAAAUCAAAGGCUGAGGAUGUGUUUAGAUCGAAUUCUAAAGGAUUAUCGGACCCUUCAAAUGCAAUACCAAGAUGUAGUUGAACAAGAAGCUGCUAAAAAAUCAACAAGUCCAGUUCAAGAUACAGAAGAAGAAUCUGCAGAACUUAUCUCCCUCAGCCUGGGAAUGAGUUCAAGCGAUCACUUUGCAAAAAAAGAUGGGUUCUCUAAAAUGUCAAAAAAAGAAAAAAUUGAUGAAAAAUUAAAGAAACAAGGAAUCUUGGAUCUAGGACUGGACUGCAAAUUUAAAGUACCACCAGUCGAACCUUCUCCGGUUGGUAGCCAGGAGACUAGCGUAGAAGAAAUUAAGGAAGAAACUGCAGGAGAGAAUUUUCCACCCCAUAGCCUGUUGAAGAAUAUUGUUAGAAAUGGUGAUGGUGAACUCUCUCAGCAGAACCCUGCUAAAAGAGCCAAGGUUUCAGUUAGAGUCAGAUGCGACACCCCAACAAUGAAUGAUGGAUGUCAAUGGAGGAAAUAUGGGCAGAAGAUUGCGAAAGGAAACCCAUGCCCUCGAGCAUAUUAUCGUUGCACUGUUGCACCAUCCUGCCCAGUUAGAAAGCAGUUGCAAAGAUGUGCGGAUGACAUGUCAAUCUUGAUCACUACAUAUGAAGGAACACAUAACCAUCCACUUUCUGUCUCCGCCACUGCCAUGGCCUUCACCACUUCUGCAGCUGCUUCCAUGCUAAUGUCUGGCUCAUCAACCUCAGGAUCAUCAGGCGAAACCUCAUCAUCUACUCCUACUACAAACUCCGUGAAUCUCAAUGGAUUCAAUUUCCAUCUCUCUGAUAACUCGAGAUCAAAUCCAUUUUACCUACCAAAUUCCUCGCUUUCGUCCUCCCCUUCCUAUCCAACUAUCACUCUCGAUCUCACUUCAAACACAGCCUCUGCUCGACUAGGUAACUUUCCUCCAAGAUAUUCUACGACAAAUCUCAACUUUAGUUCUUUGGAAUCAAAUGCUUUACCAAUCUAUUGGAGUAAUGGGGUUCUCAGUUAUGGGAAUCCACCAUACAACAAAAACCAAACUGUAAGCUUUGGAUCACAUCCUCAAGAAACCCUAUACCAAUCUUACUUGCAAAAGAAUCUAAACCCUACACAACAGUCUCUUCCACCAGAUGCUAUUGCAGCUGCCACAAAAGCAAUUACUUCAGACCCAAUUUUUCAAUCUGCAUUAGCAGCUGCUCUUACGUCAAUCAUUGGGUCUGGUGGUGCUACUCCCAGUACUGCAGAGAAACAAACUGUAGGUGAUAAGUCCAGCCAAAAUAUAAAGUCAAGUACAGAACCUAAUUUUCAUAUUCUUUCCAGCUUUCCAUCAACUUCAAAUGUCAACAAAUGUGCUUCAAGUUUUAUGAACAAAUCCCCGCCCGCGUCUAGUUCUCAACCGGCUGGCUUGACGUUUCUUUCAAAUUCAUUCCCCUUUUCCACCUCCAAGAGUAAAUCUAACUCUCCAGGUGACAAAUAG